AUGGUGGGCAAGGUUGUGACAGCGCCAUGUCGGUUUCCAAGCCUCUCUCCCCAUACCUCUUCCCAUCGAAAUCGGGACGAGGAUGCGGUGCAUACCAUUGAUAUCCUCCAAGAAGACAACAGUCUCUCUCAAUGGGGCUCUGAUCUGGGACCAAGGCUUCGCGUUAUCUGGGCCAUUAUUCUCUCUGUAUUUGUCUACGAUGACAGCGUGGUGAUGGCCUACGAAGAAUGUACCGAUUCUCAGGACUCGACAUAUCUCUUGCAGCAUUGCCCUUUCGUCUACACUACCACAAUUGACCGUGAAGAUGACCUGAAUACACUAGUUGAAUCAGGGCAUCUUUUGGAGAAUGAUCAUCAUGGCCACCGGGUCUAUAAUACUGGAGUACUACUGCUCGACGGAAGGAGUGGGAGGAGUGAUCUGGGACCCAAGCAUAGUUCUUCACCAACAAACGCCGAGAGAUGUGAUCUUAUCCUUGGUGCGAGCCGGGACCCCGCAGGACUGCGUAUCUUCCUACGCUUUCGCACCGCAUACAUCUCGGAAACAAUGGCCGGUCAUAUCGUCGAUGCUAUCCAGGAGAUCCUGUCUUCUGUCUGUCACAGCUGGAAGGGCAAGGUCAAGGACCUGUAUCUCCUCUCCCGAGCCAGUCGCGAGCAAAUUCUAUCCUGGAACACCCAGUCGCUGGAAGUGAGCCAGCAAUGCCUCCCGGACCUGAUUGACCGCGCCAGUAGCCAGUAUUCCGACGCCAUUGCCUGCUGCGGUAUCAGCGAGCAGUUCACCUACCGCGAGCUUAAGCAUUUCUCCACGGCCUUGUCGGCCUAUCUCCUCGCCGCGGGCGUGCGUCCCCGCACCUACGUCGGACUGAUCCUCGACAAGACCAUCUGGUCCGUGGUCAUCAUGCUGGCCGUGCUGCGGACGGGGGCGGCCUGCAUGCCCCUGGAUGGGGCAUUACCUCCAGUCCAGGUCUCAACCAUGCUCUGUGAGGCCAGUACAUCCGUCAUCCUCACCACCUCCUCGUCCUCCAAACUCGCACCACACUGGGAAGGCUCAGUGCCCCAGAUGCUGGAAAUCUCGGGGAAACUGAUCCAGCAGUUGCCGGUGAAGGGACUACCAGCGUCAUCCGCACAUAUUCCCCCAUCGCAACCGGCAUUUCUCAUGUACACGUCAGGCAGCACCGGAGCCCCCAAGGGCGUGAUACAGCCACACCAAGACGUAGUGACGUGCGUGCAACAGAUGGCUCAAGCGUUGAAGCUACACUCCGGCACUCGAUUCCUCCAAUUCGCCGCAUUCAGCUUCGACCUCAGCUGCGUGGAGACCUUGUGCACCUUAUCCCGCGGCGGGUGUGUCUGCAUGCCGGGGAACGACGACCGGCUGCAUCGACUCGCUGAGACGGGCACAGCGCUACGCAUCAACACGGCGUUUCUCACCGCCGCUGUGCUAGCCCAGGUACACCCUGAUGAGAUGCCCACUCUGAAAUCCCUCACGGUAGGCGGGGACGUUCUAACCGCAGAGCAAGUGGCCCUGUGGGCACCCCGACUCGACCACCUCAACGUCAGCUACGGCACCACCGAAGGUAUCAUGUUCGACACGCUGCACGCGGACCUCAAACCCCUAUCUGACCCUCGGAACAUCGGUCGAUCAUUUGGCCCACGUACCUGGAUCGUCGAUCCGGCGGACCACCACCGGCUGUUACCCAUCGGUGCCGUCGGCGAACUAGUCGUACAAGGCGGGCGUCUAUCUCAAGGCUAUCUCCAGAAACCAGAGAAAACCGCCACAGUCUUCAUCGACGCUCCCGCCUGGGCUCCAACAACCUCGCGAUGCUAUAAAACCGGUGACCUAGCCCGGUACCUCCCGGAUGGCUCACUCUAUCUGCUAGGCCGCAAGGACCGACAAGUCAAACUCCGCGGCCAGCGGGUGGAACUGGACGAUCUGGAAGCCCGGCUGAAGCAGGCUGUGAACCUACCGGGAGGAAUGGUCGUAGCUGAUGUGAUUGUAUUGCCUGACUCAACGAAGCAACUUGUGGGCUUUGUCUACGAUGACCUGCUCACCAAAUCGUCUGGUGACGGUGAUGCGCUCUUUGGGCUUCCCACAGCGGAUUUCCAGGCUCUCAUGCGCAAGAUGGUCCAGCAGCUUAAGCAAUCGCUUUCUUGGCUCUUCAUACCGACUUUUAUGUUUCCACUCCUGUGCAUGCCGAAAACGCGUACUGGCAAGAUCGAUCGCACACGGCUUCGACAAGCUGCAGCUGGGCUGUCGCAGCGGGCUCGUCUGGCGUAUGCGGUUCCGUUGAAUGACGGGGAAAUUGAUGAGGGCUGCGCACUUGUGGCGGGAGCGUCUAAGAGACAGAUAGAUCUGGUUUGCAAAUGGUAUGCAAAGAGUUUGGGCGUUGGUCUUGAUUUUGUUCUACCGAAGAGCAACUUCUUUCACCUCGGAGGUGACUCAAUUAAAGCCAUGCGGAUCACGCGACUUGCGAAAGAUGACGGCUAUGAAGUUACUUUCCGCGACAUCUUUAAUCAUCCCCAGCCGGUAAGACUAGCUGCUAAUGUAUUGAUAUCAAGUUCGGGAACUGGUGGUGAGAUUAUGACGGAAGCAACAGCUGUCCCUUGA